AUGCCGAAGGUUCGAACUCCGUGUACAUGUGCUAAAAUCUAUUUGAUCUCUACCACCACCACGCCGUCACUGGGCCCCCUACACUCACUCUCUUUUGGCUGGCCCUUCCAUAACACGAUGUCCGCUAUACACUUCCGCGCACCUACUGUGCGGAAGCUUAUUGGGGUUGCAGUCCUCGCGACUGGAGUUCUCGCACUCUACUCCUACAGCACAGGGACACCACUGCGGUUUACCAGCUUCCAGACGCCAUGGUCACAGAAAACGUGCACACCACAAGCAUACUCGGACGGCACUUGGGUGUACCACCCGCGAACGAAUGCCACGAAGAUGACAGACCCAAAAGACGCUCACGCGUUCUCGGGAUUCGAGGCGUGUGCCAGCUCAAGAGAAUACUUCUGGCAUCUGGCGUCUGACAGGGAGGACCAAUGGGAUCGAUUCCCUAAAGCCCAGUCUUGGCAGUGGGUGCCAGGUCGAGGGUGUGAGGACAUGCGUUCGUUGGACCCCGCCGCCAUGGUCAAGGAUAUGGUGGAGGAUGGCGGGUGGUAUCUGGUCGGAGACUCUGUCAGCGAGAACCACUUCUUCUCGCUGUCAUGUAUCCUCUACCCCCACGUUAGGGCCGAGCCAGAUUGGACACUCGGCGGGUUCGAUCGCGCCUGGCCACAAUACCUCUAUCUCAAGCCAGAUUCUCCGAUGAUUCCUUACAUCAAGUUCCCCGAAGGCUUCAACAUUUCAACAACACCUCUCGUCAAAUUCAGGCGGAUCGACAUCCUUCUGUCGCAGGAGCAGCUCAUUGGUAUUCACAACUCCAUCCAACCUUCUGAUACGGUGCUGGAGGAUGCCAGCCUGUUCAGCGAUGAAGCUGUAUGGACCAUGCCUCCGUCCGAGUAUCUCGCCGAGUUCAACGCUCCACUCCCAGAAGGCAACUAUGGGACGAUGAUCGUUAGUACCGCCGGCCACUGGACAACGAAUCUCUUCGCCAAAACUUCACCUCCUGGGAUCGAGGGCGUGAUUAAUCUGUUCCGCGAGGCAAUGAAGCACUGGAUGGAUGAGGUGCAAAUGGCGCUCUGGCAGAGUCACAAGCUACGGAGCGCGAAGAUGGGUGCUUCUCAAAGGAAGAGGCCGCGCGUUGUCGUCCGCGCGUAUCUUCCCGGCCACGAGAACUGUCAUGACCACCGCGACCCAUGGAAGAAGAUCCAGCCGUGGAACAACAGAUGGUUCAACUGGGCCGAUAUCUGGGAGUUCAACGACGUGUUCGAUAAACUCACGUCUGACAACAAGAAGUACCCAGACAUCCACUACCUUGGUAUUGACCGGCCGGCCCGCCUACGACCUGAUGCUCACGCUUCAGGGGAUUGCCUGCAUAUCAUGUCUGGCGCUGGCGUCCUCGAGGGAUGGUCGCAUUACAUCUGGCAAUACGUCACGAGAGAGCUGUCCUAG